AUGGAAACGAAAGCAUGCGAACGUGCACACAGCAUAUGUUUACAUUAUUUAGAAUCGAACAUUCGAUAUUCUCUAAUACAUCAAUUAAACGAUAUCGGUUCGAGAGUCGAUAAAUAUUGGUUCGUCGUUCGAGAUUCAUCUGUUAAAACGGAAAGACUUCUUAGCGUCGUACCUAAAACGGUCAAAUGUCCUAUACGUUGCGAUUCCGAAUCCAGAUCCGUCAUAUUGGAUUUAUUUCUUGCUCUUCAACAUCCUUAUAUUUAUCCGAUAUUGGAUAUAAAUUUUCGUGACGUCGGUGAUAAUUGUUAUAUAUUUACGACUUUACCACUCAACGAUAAGGGUAGUUUAAAAGAUUUCAUAUAUAAAAGCAGAUGGGAAGAUAAUUGGGGUCAAAAAUAUUUUCACAAGAGUAACGGUUUGCCAAUGUCGCAAAUACAAAGGCUAGGAAGGCAAAUAUUAGAAGCAUUAUUGUUUCUCAGAGAAAAAGGUUUUCCAUCGUGCGGUCAUUUUCACACCGGAAAUAUAGUUUUACAAAAUGGCGUCGCGAGACUUAGCGGUUUGGAAAAUGCAUUGUUCGGUUUCAAUUCUAGAAUAUGUCCCGUUUUAUUACCACGUGCUCAUUCCGAACCCGAAUCCAUUGAUUCUUUAUGUUUCGGACAUGUUUUAUUUGAAAUGUGUGCCGGAUACGAAUUAGACACGUCUCAACCUUCCGCUGGUAACCUUUUGGAUAUUCAUCAAUAUCCGCAAGUCGUUGAAGUUUUAGAAUUAAUUUUUGAACAUCCCGAUAUGAGACUUCCGGUUAUAGAAGAAAUACUUUUGUGUGACCUCUUUAGAAAUAUCGAUUUAAGAGAAAUUCGAAACCAAGCUCAGUCGACGCAUCGGAAUUAUUACAAGAAAUUAAAAAAUUAA